AUGUGGCCCCUGGUCCUGCUGUGGGGCUGCCUUUUGCUCCCAGGUUAUGGAGCUGUGCUGGGCCCCAAGGAGAUCACUGGGUUUGAAGGUGACACGGUGUCCCUGCAGUGCACCUACCAGAAGGAGCUGAGGACACACCAGAAAUACUGGUGCAGGGAGAAGGGGUUCUUCCUGUCCCGCUGCUCGGGUACUGUCUAUGCAGGAGAAAAUGGCCAGGAGACAAGAGAGGACAGGGUGUCCAUCCAAGACAGCCCCCAGACGCUCACGCUCCACGUGACCCUGAGGAAUCUCACCCUGCAGGACACUGGGAAGUACUUCUGUGGGGUCUCCAAACUGGGCCGAGACGAGUCUUUCCUGGUCUCUCUGCUUGUCUUUCCAGGUCCCUGCUGCCCUCCCUCCCCUACUCCCCCCUUCCAGCCUCUUACUACAAGGAGCCUCCAGCCCAAGGCAAAAGCUUGGCAAACUCAGCCCCCAGAAUUGACUCCUCCUGGUCUCCACCAAACAGUCACCACAACCAAGCAGGGGAAGACAGGGGCCGAGGCCUCUCCGUUCACGGGGACCUCCCCGUACGGGCACGCAGGAACCUCCCCAGACCCAGGAAGCUCUCCGUACGCGGGGACCUCUCCUCAUGAAGCAACCUCUCCUCAUGCAGGGACAUCCCACCCAUCCACACAGCUGGACUCCACCUCCGCGGAGGACACCCAUCUGCCCCCCAGCAGCAGCAGCUCCGUGUCCAGGGUCUCCAUCCCAAAAGUCCGCAUCUUGGCCCCGGGCCUGGUGCUGCUGGCCCUCCUCCUGGCCGCAGGCCUGGUGGCCCUCGGCAGCUAUCUGCUCCGCUGGAGGAAGGAAGCUCAACUGGCCGCAGAGACACAGAGGAACGAGAAAGUCCAACUCUCACACUUGACUUCAGAGGAAGAUGAAGCCCCUUCCCAGGACCCAGAGGGGGACAUGAUCCCAGGGCCUCCCCUGCACAUGUCUGGGGAGGAGCUCGGCUUCUCGAAGUUCACAUCAGUCUAG